UCAUGACCCAGAACAUACAUGUUUGAUUUUGGAAUUACGUUUUAUAUAAAUGCUUAUUGCUCAUUCUUUACUAGUUUCUCCCGACCCAAAAGACACAGGCCCGUUCUUCAUUCAAGUCACGUCAGUUUCGAUGAGUUCAUGCGCUGUUGCAAAGCCCGGGUUGAUGCCCGAAGGUGGAGUUGAGCAGAUUGAAUUGCUCAGGGCACUUGAUGAUAUACAUGGGGGAGUCGUUAUAGACAUGAAUGACCAGCAUAUGGAUCCUGAGGUUUUCGCUUCUUUACUGCAGGCCUCACUGUCAGAAUGGAGGCGAAAGGGAAAAAAGGGCGUUUGGAUCAAAAUACCAAUUGAACUCUCAGAUCUAGUUCAUGCUGCAGUCAAGGAAGGAUUUACUUAUCACCAUGCUGAAUCAGAUUACCUAAUGCUUAAACAAUGGCUGCCUGAAACUGUUGAUACUCUUCCUGCAAAUGCUUCUCAUCGAGUGGGCAUUGGUGCUUUCAUCAUGAACAAUAAGAGAGAGAUGCUUGUUGUUCAGGAGAUCAAUGGCAGAUUCAAAGAUACAGGUAUCUGGAAGAUGCCAACUGGGACUGUUAAUGAAGGUGAGGAUAUCUGUUCAGCCGCAGUUAGAGAAGUCAAAGAAGAGACAGGAAUUGAGACAGAGUUUGUGGAAAUCUUAGCGUUCAGGCAGAGCCACAAGUCAUUCUUUCGAAAAUCAGAUUUAUUUUUUGUUUGCAUGUUAAAGCCACAAACAUUUGACAUCCAGGAGCAGAAUCAAGAGAUUGCAGCAGCCCAGUGGAUGCCAUUUGAGGACUAUGCAGCUCAAGCCUUUGUCAAACAGAACAAACUCUUUGACCAUGUAGCAGAAAUAUGCUUGGCAAAAACAGAUAAGCAGUAUACUGGUUUUACCCCUCUAGCAAAGACGACAUCUUCUGGAAAAGCAAGCUACUUGUAUUUUAACAAGCGAGAUAUGGACGACCUACUCACUUCUGAUAAACAACAAUAGAAAACUCGAUGCAACUUCAUAACAUCAAUGCAAGUGCAAAUUCUGUGAAUAACCAUUGUUGUUAAAUCCCUUCUAGUGUUACUAGUAGUGUCAGAUCUAGCGUUCAGUUUAGCGAUUAACCUUGUGCAUGUGUACAUUGAUGUCUUAAUCGUCAAAGUAGUGUCAAUAACGGUUCCUGUAGAUUAUGUGUCAUGUAUAUUUCUGUACACUGAAAUAUGCUAAUUGGUUUGAUACUUUGAUGUAGUUUUCCAACUGUAAUGUGUCAUUUGCUGUGGCUCUUUAGUACAAUCAACCGAAGCUGUUU